AUGGAAGCGAUGGUUGCCAAGCAGAUGCGCGCAUCCAUCUCGAAGCUUAAGCACGACCUCAUCACCGCCGUCGCGAAGGUUGGACCAGGAGGGCUCGCCGGGCACGUGCAGAAGCAUCAACAUAAGUUUACGCAGAUCGAAGGUGACGCGGCAGAGAUGCGGGAUACUGUGCAACACAAAGCAAGCAGCAGGAGGGCCCGCGUUCGUCGACGGUUCGGCGUUCAGUGCGGAGCAGUGUUCGUGUGGGCGAGCGGCCUAGUUGCACUGCAAGUAGACUGCGAAGGCAACUUCGUUGCCUGCAUGCAUGGGGUGAUGCCGAAGUCUUGGGGGCCGGGCCAGUGGGCGCGGGACGGAGAGGAUUUCGCGUCUCACAUGCUGGCCAGGUUUUCAGAGCACUUUGCUGACGGCAUUUCAGGCGUGGCUCUAGAAGUAUAUAGUGGCUGCGCUAGAUCGGUCAGUUGUGAUCGGCGUUGA